GGAGAAACGGAAGUAUUGAAGUCAGGGAUUGGCUGCGCAUUUGCUAGCCAAUGAGAGCGGGCGGUGUUGACGUGUGGCUGAGGGAAGGUGAAGAACGGGCUUACGCUCCUGAGGUGAGGUAAAUUAGGCGUGAGAGGAACGAGGCGGGAAAAGUCCUCCCUGAGGCCCUGUCCUUAAUCCUUUCCGCCCCUCAGCAAGCACCGGCCCGUCCACCCAUGGGCCUGCUAGGCGAAGUGACGCGGGGCCUGGUGCGCGGCGCAGACCGCACGGCUGCCUGGACGAGCAAGCGGGGCCCGCGGAGCUUCUACAAGAGCCGCGGCGCCAAGGUCCUGGGCUGCAUAACGUCCAGCCGGAAGUUCAAGCUGGUACCGGAACAGGUGCCGCGGCUGGUGGUGCCCGACCUGAGCGGCUUCAAGCUGAGGCCUUACGUCUCUUACCGGGCCCCCGCCGGCAGCGAGCCACCCCUCUCUGCCCGCGCCCUCUUCCAGGAAGUCGUCGCCCCCCAGAUCGAGAAGGACAUCAAGGCCGGGACCUUCGACCUGCAGCGCCUGGAGAAGUACGGCUUCGAGCCCACCCAGGAGGGCAAGCUCUUCCAGCUUUUCCCCAAGAACUUUGUGCGCUAGGGACGGCAUAGGAGAAGAGAGGCUGGAGGGGAAAGAUCUCCAUACAACAUUUACAUCCAGCGCUAAAAACCCAGGACUGGAAAUUGGCGUGAGGAAGCCGCACAGGGCAAUGUUUACGAAGCGCCUAGACACUGGCUUGAGGAACUCAAACCAAAGUCCUAAAAAGAGUCAAGACACCAGACAUGCCACACGAAAGAGGACACCAGGGCUUGACAGUAAAGAGAAGCCCUGGAGGAGCCUUCAGGAAGCUGGUGCUUGCUUUCCUUUCCCAUAAUGCUCAGGCUGGACAUCUGGGCCACCAAACCAGAAACGUAGAUGAGCAGUCAUGCAGUUUUUGUCAGCUGCCAUGCCAGAACACCCUGGAAGGAAAUGGAUACACACACUCUACAUCUUGUGGAAGCGAGCCUGCAAGCAAAAAAGGAGGAGUCCUAUUUUAAGGGCAUGGAUGACAAAGGGGCCUGGUGGCCUUCCUCCGUAAUUGUAAUAAGCUGAUGGAAAUGGUAUUCAGCCCAGCAAUUUUGCAGGAUUGUCAGAAAGCUACCUUGUGUAGCUGGUGAGGCUGGCACUGUUAUCAUGGAUAGAUAUUAAAGAUGCUGAGGAAGUAGGCUGCAAACAUUUAUCACGUUUUUGUUUAAAUAAAGUUAUUAAACGCUAAGGCUCAUUCUCUCCCUGUGUGUGUGGACAGAAUUACUGUUGAUGUGCUAAAUCUUGGCUUUGCUACAUAGAAGCCGGCAAUAGGCUUCCAAUUAGGUAAGCUGCCUAUUCAGAGGCCCUUUGAGAUGUGUCUUCCUGACUUCUGAACUGCUGACACAAUCAACACUGGGAUAAUCUUGCCCUAGAAGCUGCAUUCCUGAAAAUUCUUAUUGGAGCCCAUUAUUACUGCCAUUAGAGGCCCGGUUUUUAUAAUGUUAUGUGGAAGCAGUACGAGGGGUUGGUUGCCUUAGCUUCACCAAGUCUAGUUGAUUGAUGGAGCUAUUUUAUAAUAAGCAUGCUACUGAAUGUAAGAAUUGUGGAGAAGGGUAAAAAAGGCGUAAUUCUCUAUUUAAGUUUGUGAUACUUAAACAGUAAUGUUCACAGGUGCAGUUGUGCCACUGAACUACAUACGAACGUCACACUAGCAGAAUUAAUCCUGGCUUGCUAGGGGAAAUGAGAGGGGCACUCUCCUGCUGCAGCAGAGAGAAACUAAGUUAGGUUGCAAGCACAUGCCUAACAUUAGGUCUGUUCACACAUAAGCCACCACCUUGAAGCUAAGCAGGUUUGGGCUGGUGAGGGCCUGAAGAGAUGACUGCCUGGAAACAAACAUAUAUGCCACCUGGGGUUCUAGAAUGUAAAUGUAGUAAAAUAAAAAUUAUAACAUGAAUUUGACAGUCCUACCACAAAACAUCUGGUGAAGGCAAGCAGCGAGGCAAAUGUAACCCUUGACACCCAUGGUAACUCAAGGCCACACACCCAAAGGGAAGACUUACAAAAA